CUGGGAAUUUGUCAAGGGAAAGCCUGCGAUUCCCGAAUAGGCUGAACAGUUUGAAGUUGGAACGGUUUGGAUCGGGUGAAAAAUGCGGAAUGUAGAGCGCGCCAAAAUCUGGAGAAUAAGAAAAAGAAGAAGUUGAAAAAUAAACAGAUUAAUUUUGGUGUAGAAAACCAUAUAUGUGAAUGUUUUGGAGCAUUCACACAAUAAUCAAAUCCAUAAUAUCAUGAAUCCAAUCCUUAUAGAUUUAUAUUUAAAUAUGUUUCUCUGUUACAAUUGGCCCUCCGAGACUAAAAUGUUUAAAAGCUGCAGCACCAAACUCGGCCACAAGAUGGUGCCAGAGUACAGCAAAUUAUAAUUCCCAUCUCCUCAUUAAAAGGAUGAAAGCAUCACAGCACCCUUCAAGUGUGGGUCACUCUGCAACUGGAGAGGGCGGAGGAGAGGUUGCCAUGGGUUACCGGGAGCAUCCUUUCUCGUUUUAGAAAAAAAAAAAACAAGGCGGUUGAGAUUAAUCCCCCAUUGUCAUCCUCACCGGGCGGAUCAAGCUCCAAUCCCGGAUUUUUCCAUGAGCCUCGCUGACAUCACUGCGUCUGGAGAUGGAGAUUUGUAGCUCCUCCCCUUCUACGCCUGCCUCCGAGUGGAUGGGGGCGGGAGGCGCGGCGCAAAUAGUGAGCGGUGCAACCGAGAGGCGCCAGUGUGCGGGAGAAAGCGGAGCCACGCACAGCAGCCCAGGUCCCAUCCUGUCAUUUGUUUUUUUCAUCCCCCCCAAAGACCCCGCACUGGACCAAGUGCUCGCUUUCCACCCCGCGUCGGAGAUGUGCAAGAAAAGGAGAGCCCAGCCGGGGUCCCGGCGUGAAACCGUCGGCCAGUCCGGUCGCCAAGAUCAAAGGGAAGCGAUUGUCUCUGGAGUCCCGAGGACGAAGACGGCGUGAGCGCUUCAGGAGCCGCGGAGAUGUCGGUGCCGCUGCUGAAGAUCGGCGUGGUGCUCAGCACCAUGGCCAUGAUCACCAACUGGAUGUCGCAGACCCUGCCCUCGCUGGUGGGGCUCAACACCACCAAGCUGACGGCGGCGCAGGGGGGCUACCUGGACCGCAGCACCGGAGUGCUGCCGGCAAACCCGGAGGAGUCGUGGCAGGUGUACAGUUCUGGCCAGGAUGGCGAGGGUAGGUGCGUGUGCACCGUGGUGGCGCCCCAGCAGUCCAUGUGCUCGAGGGACGCCCGCACCAAACAACUGAGGCAGCUGCUGGAGAAGGUCCAGAACAUGACCCAGUCCAUCCAGGUGCUAGACCAGCGAACCCAGAGAGAGCUCCAGUAUGUGGAGAAGAUGGAGGUCCAGCUCCGUGGCCUGCAGACCAAGUUCAGGCAGGUGGAGGAAAACCACAUGCAGAACACCGCCAAGCAAUACAAGGCCAUAAAGGCGAAAAUGGAGGAGAUUAGACCGUUGAUACCAGUGUUGGUGGAGUACAAGGCCGAUGCCAAAUUGGUAUUGCAGUUUAAGGAGGAGGUCCAGAAUCUGACGUCAGUUCUAAGCGAACUCCAGGAGGAGAUGGGCGCCUAUGACUACGAGGAGCUCCACAGCCGAGUGUCAAAUCUCGAGGAGAGGCUGCGAGCGUGCAUGCAAAAAUUAGCGUGCGGCAAACUGACGGGCAUCAGCGACCCCAUCACCAUCAAGACGUCGGGGUCCAGGUUCGGGUCCUGGAUGACCGAUCCUCUGGCGCCUGAAGGGGACACACGGGUCUGGUACAUGGACGGUUACCACAACAACCGUUUUGUGCGGGAGUACAAGUCCAUGCAGGACUUCAUGACGUCGGACAACUUCACGUCCCACCGGCUGCCCCACCCGUGGUCCGGAACCGGUCAAGUGGUCUACAACGGCUCCAUCUACUUCAACAAGUUCCAGAGCCACGUCAUCAUCAAGUUUGACUUCCGCACCUCCUCCAUCAGCAAGUCCCGGCAGCUGGACUACGCCGGCUUCAACAACGCGUACCACUACGCCUGGGGCGGCCACUCCGACAUCGACCUGAUGGUGGACGAGGGGGGCCUGUGGGCCGUCUACGCCACCAACCAGAACGCCGGCAACAUCGUGGUCAGCAAGUUGAACCCCAACACGCUGCAGAUCGUUAAGAGCUGGAGCACCAAUCACCCCAAGAGGAGUGCCGGGGAGUCCUUUAUGAUCUGCGGCACGCUCUACGUCACCAACGGGUACUCUGGCGGUACCAAGGUCUACUACGCCUACUCUACCAACUCCUCUACGUACGAGUACAUAGACAUCGCCUUUCAGAAUAAGUACUCGCACAUUUCCAUGUUGGACUACAACCCGCGAGACCGUGCCCUCUACGCCUGGAACAACGGGCACCAGGUGCUCUACAACGUCACGCUGUUCCACGUCAUCCGCUCCGAGGAACUGUAACCACCGACGUCGAUGGGAUCAAAAUAUCUUUGGAAGACUCCGUCAGCAAAAAUAUCCUACUAAUAAAAACCAAGAGACUGAAUGUGCACAUAGGGGACUUUUACGAAAAAGAUGUCGAAAAAGAUCUUGGUAUAGAACAGGGGUGUCAAACUCAUUUUAGAGCAGGGAAAAAUCAGUGGUAAAAUCACAGCACGAUAACUUAAAAAUAAAGACAACUUCUGAUUGUUUUCUUUGUUUAAAAAUAGAACGAGCACAUUCUGAAAAUUGUCGGAGGCAGAUAUUUACAUAUAUCCGAAUUUAAGUGUUACUUCUUUUUAUUCCAUAAUCAUAUUACAAAACAGCUAGUGUUUUUCUUCCAAAUGUGGUCUUUUGGUUGUCUGCAAAACUGUGUGCUUAACCUUGAGUGAGGAAUGUUAGAGAGAGAGAUAAUAAGCAUGUGUUUUGACUAGAGAGACAUGACUGCCAGGGGGGGAGGAAGAGAGACUUAAGA